CUUGUAUCACCGCUAAAGUAUCUAAUGAUUUUUUUUAACCCUUUCCUACAGCUGUUCAAGCUUCAGGAACGCCUGGAAGUGUGCCUUACUUGAAAGCAUCAGGCAAAGAAGAGAAAAUCCCGAAGGCCUGCCAUGAUGUGAAGCCCAAAGAUGAGCAGUAAUUACUGCAACAACGUGUCGGUGACCAUGAGCGUGAAUGAGGGGUCCACCUUUCCCCUGACUCUGGAGCAAAAAACCGGCUUUGCCUUUGUAGGAAUCCUGUGUGUCUUCUUGGGACUUCUGAUCAUCAGAUGCUUCAAAAUCUUAUUGGACCCUUACAGCAGUAUGCCAUCUUCCACGUGGGAGGACGAGGUGGAAGGGCUGGAUAAGGGGACGUUUGAAUAUGCUCUUGCAUGAAAAAACCCCAAAGGAGUACUCUGCCUUAAUUCUGAUGUUU